GCUUUCUUCGGGGGAGGGGUGUGGGGGAACGACCAUACGCCCCCCCCCACUGUCGGCGGUGGGGAGGAAGCGAGCGGGCCAAGGUUCUUUGCUGAAUAACUGUCCCGCCGUUGCGUCACCCGUUCUCACGUCCUUGCUGGAGUUAGAGGAGCUGCGUGUAUUGAGGCGGACAAGCGAUUUUGUGAACGUCCCCCUGAAGCUUCUCCCGCCUUUUCCCCAUUCUGUGCGGAAGUGAGCCUUCCAACGGAGCAAACUGAACAAGCAGUCUUCAAGAGCAGCCCUGCGCAGAGCAAGAAUUCAGAACUCCUCUCGGGAACCAAAGCCAAGCUUUGAAGAUGGAGCACAUGGUUCUGAAGCAUUAGAGGAUCCCCGCAGCCAGGAGGAAAUGGAAGCUGCGUGUUUUCCCAGCCCAAAGGGAACGGCUAGUUCCGGAGGUGAUGCUCAAGCUGACAGUAGGACCAGUCCCUCCGGGACGAGCAAGAAAAAACGUAGGCCUCCCACUCCCAAGAAGGCUGAGGAUUGUGGCCCCAGCCCGAAGAGAACUUCUCUCCAGAGACUGAAUCCUGACAUCGGGAAGGCUUCUACUUCAUUUGACGUUUCCUUGGGGCAGCUCCCCAGCCAGCGAGUCUCACGCCCGUCUUUGUGCCGCCGCAGUAUGAAACAGGAUCGCCGGACGUCUUUGCCGCCUCUACACGCAGACGUUACUGAACUGAGUAAAGCAAUCAGCCUGGACUUGCCGGAAAAGGACAGGAUGGCACAGCUUCUCCUCUCCAGUUUUCGGUAUGCUGCCCAGAAGUUUAAAGAUACCUUAAAGCACACCAAAGGGUUUAAUGCUGAAACCUUUGAACGGAAAGCGAACGAGAUUUCAGAAGAGCUGAGAUUUUGCACUAAGAGGCUGGACCUGGAUGGAACUCUUCAAAAAUGUUUUGAAGAACCCAAAGGUGAUUCAUCAGUUCCUGUUUUAAGCACAUCGCUGACUACCUUGAAGGAGAAUAUAGCCAGGCUCACAGAAGAGAAUCAAGCCUGGGAUCGAUUGCUUUGGUCUUACCAAAGAAGAGCUGAAGAAAUAUCAAGCCAACUGCAGCAAUGCAAGCUGAGAGUGGCACCAGAGGAGCCCGUUAGUUAUCUUGGAUCAUCGCAGGCCCACGUGCUCCAAGCCAAACCAGACUACCAGAAAAUACUGGACUCUCAAGGAACGCUCUUUGAAUCCAUGGAGCUAGUGCUGGAUGAAAUCCAUCAGGCUGUAAAUGUUUUUCAAGCCUUUAUGGAAGACGACACACAUCGUCUCCAGAAGUUAUCAGAGCAACUUGGAUCAAGAACUUUCCAGGGAUUGGAAAACUCUCCAGCCCGGAAACUGCUCAUGCUUCCCCAGGCACUGCCAUCUGUACCUUAAACUUCAGGUUGGCAGCUCUGUUCCUGAUUGGCUUCUGACACUGUUCCUGCAGUGUUUGUCCCUCUCUCUCUCCUGCCUCACUUGAACUAAAUGUCUGGAGCGAUGGCAUUCUUGUCCCACAUCUACAUCAUGGC